AUGGGGACAGACACGCUCGUGCAGCUGCUCAGCGGCACAACUAUGCUAGCCCCUCGCCUGGGCCGAGCCGGGCUGUCCGUCCUCAUGGCAGUGCGGCUGGCAGCGUUGGCGGUGGGAGCCAGAGCCCUCUGGCAGGACGAGGUUGGGGACGUGGGCUGCGAUGCCACUGCCAGCUGCCGCCUGGCUUGCUUUGAUUCCGCUUUCCCGGUCUCCCCCUUCAGCCUCUUCCUGCUGCAGGCGGCUGUUGUCUCCACGCACGGUUUGGCUUGCUCCUUCCUGUGGCACCCGCCCGACUGCCAGGGGAAGGGGUGGCUCCGCGACAGAACCCAACAGCUCCGACUCCAUUUGCUGAGCGUCCUGGCUCGAAUCCUCCUGGAAGCCAUCUUCCUGGGGACGUUCCACGCUCUCUACACCCGCUACCCGCCCGUCUUGCACUGUCCUCCUUCAACACUGUGCCCCAACUCUGUAGUGUGCACCAUCCGGAAUGCCCAAUGGAAAGACACCUUCAACCUCUUUGUAGCUGGCAUUUCCUGGGCCUGUGUGGCUGUUUGCCUGGUGGUACUUUACUUUGCCGUCACUAAAAUCGUCCAGCUUCCAUUGCGGCCUGCAAAGAUGCACUCGGAACAUCCCCUUUUAGCAGAAUGUGCUUGA